UCUUGCACAAGAGCCCAAAAGCAUUUAAAGUUUGCAUAAUGAAAAGAUGGCACAGGCUAUGCUGGUACCACCAGGAUCUGACAGCUUCUUCUAUUUCACCAAAGAAUCUCUUGCAGCUAUUGAAAAACGUAUUGCUGAUGAAAGGUCUCAUUGUGACAAAGAUGAGCAUAAAGAUGAUGGUGGUCAUGAAGAAAGUCACCCAAAGCCAAGUAGUGACUUGGAGGCAGGAAAGACACUGCCAUUUAUUUAUGGUGAUAUUCCUCCAGGAAUGGUGUCUGAACCCCUGGAGGACCUGGAUCCAUAUUAUAUGAAUAAAAAAACAUUUAUAGUAUUGAAUAAAGGGAAGACAAUCUUCAGGUUCAGUGCCACACCUGCCUUGUACCUUUUAUCUCCUUUCAAUAUAAUUAGAAGAAUAGCUAUUAAGAUUUUGGUUCAUUCGUUGUUCAGCAUGCUCAUUAUGCUCACUAUUUUGACAAACUGUGUAUUUAUGACAUGGAAUAACCUUCCAGAGUGGACAAAGAAUGUAGAGUACACUUUCACUGGAAUUUAUACUUUUGAAUUUCUGGUAAAAAUCCUUGCAAGAGGCUUCUGUAUAAAUGAUUUUACUUGCCUUCGUGACCCCUGGAACUGGCUUGAUUUUGUUGUCAUUUCCUUUGCGUAUAUAACAGAAUUUGUAAGCCUAGGCAAUGUUUCAGCUCUUCGAACUUUCAGAGUAUUGAGAGCUUUGAAAACUAUUUCUGUAAUCCCAGGCUUGAAGACUAUUGUUGGAGCCUUAAUUCAGUCUGUGAAGAAGCUCUCAGAUGUAAUGAUUUUGACUGUGUUUUGCCUGAGUGUAUUUGCACUAAUAGGACUGCAGCUGUUCAUGGGCAACUUGAAGAAUAAAUGCUUGUUAUGGCCAUCAGAAAAUUCAACAUCUUUUGAAAAAUACCUAUCUCCAUACUUCAAUGGUACAGUGUUUGAUUGGACAGCAUACAUUGAGAAUGAAAGUCAUUUCUAUCGCAUAGAAGGACAGAAGGAUCAUCUGCUUUGUGGCAAUAGCUCAGAUGCAGGUAAAUGUCCAGAGGAGUUUAUCUGUGUGAAAGCUGGUAGAAACCCCAACUAUGGAUAUACUAGCUUUGACACAUUCAGUUGGGCUUUCUUGUCACUGUUUCGACUGAUGACACAGGACUACUGGGAAAAUCUUUAUCAGCUGACACUACGAGCUGUUGGCAAAACAUACAUGAUAUUUUUUGUUCUGGUCAUUUUUCUGGGUUCCUUCUAUUUGAUUAACUUGAUUUUGGCUGUGGUUGCCAUGUCCUAUGAGGAACAAAAUCAAGCAACUAUGGUUGAAGCUGAACAGAGGGAGGCAGACUUGCAGCAGAUGCUUGAACAGUUAAGGAAGCAGCAAGAAGAAGCUCAGGCAAUAGCAGCAGCUGCAGCAGAGAUAACUGAGUACAGCGGUGAAAGUGAGAUUGGUGGACCCUCAGAGAGUUCUUCAGAAGCAUCCAAGCUUAGCUCAAAAAGUGCCAAAGAAAGGAGAAACAGAAGGAAGAAAAGAAGGCAGAGGGAGCUCUCUGGAGAAGAGGAUGGCACAAAGGAUGAACAGCUUCCAAAAUCUGAAUCAGAUGGCAGUAUCAGAAGGAAGGGUUUCCGUUUUUCUUUUGAUGGGAACAGACUUGCUUAUGGGAAGCCAUUCACAUCACCCCACCAGUCUUUACUGAGUGUUCGUGGCUCCCUGUUUUCUCCCAGACGUAGUAGCAGAACAAGUCUUUUCAGUUUUAGAGAAUACGGGAGAGAGAUAGGAUCUGAAAAUGACUUUGCUGAUGAUGAGCACAGCACGUUCGAGGAUAAUGGGAGCAGAAGAGGUUCUCUCUUUUUGCCACACAGACACAGUGAACGGCGCAGUAGUAACAUUAGUCAGGCUAGUAGAUCAUCAAGAAGGCUGCCGGUGUUUCCAGUGAAUGGGAAGAUGCACAGCACUGUGGAUUGCAAUGGGGUGGUUUCCUUAGUGGAUGGACCACCAGGACUGUUGUCACCUACUGGACAGCUUCUGCCAGAGGUGGUAAUAGAUAAACCGACAACUGAUGACAAUAGCACUACUACAGAAAUAGAAAUAAAAAAGAGGCGUACAAGUUCAUAUCAAAUACCAAUGGAGUUGCUGGAGGAUCCCAAUUUAAGGCAAAGAGCCAUGAGUAUAGCUGGCAUCAUCACAAAUACAAUGGAAGAACUUGAAGAAUCCAGGCAAAAAUGUCCACCUUGCUGGUAUAAGUUUGCCCACACUUUCUUAAUUUGGAAUUGUUGGGAGCCCUGGUUAAAAGUAAAGAAUGUAGUUGAAUUUAUUGUAAUGGAUCCACUUGUUGAUCUGGCUAUCACUGUUUGCAUAAUUUUAAACACACUGUUUAUGGCCAUGGAACAUUAUCCAAUGACUACCAAUUUCUGUAAUGUACUUAAAAUAGGAAAUCAGGUUUUUACUGGAAUUUUUGCAGCAGAAAUGGUUCUCAAGAUAAUUGCCAUGCAUCCUUUUUAUUAUUUCCAAGUUGGCUGGAAUAUUUUUGAUAGUUUUAUAGUUACCCUUAGUUUGGUGGAGCUUUUUCUGUCAAAUGUGGAUGGAUUAUCCGUUCUCCGAUCAUUCAGAUUGUUGCGAGUUUUCAAAUUGGCAAAAUCUUGGCCAACUCUAAAUAUGCUGAUUAAGAUUAUUGGCAACUCAGUGGGGGCUCUGGGGAAUUUGACCCUGGUGCUGGCCAUCAUUGUGUUCAUUUUUGCUGUGGUUGGGAUGCAGCUGUUUGGGAAAAACUACAAGGAAUGUGUCUGCAAGAUCUCUAGCAACUGUGAACUUCCACGCUGGCACAUGCAUGAUUUUUUCCACUCUUUCUUAAUUGUAUUCCGAGUGCUGUGUGGAGAAUGGAUAGAAACAAUGUGGGACUGCAUGGAAGUUGCAGGCCAACCCAUGUGCCUUACUGUCUUCAUGAUGGUCAUGGUGGUUGGAAACCUAGUGGUAUUAAACCUCUUUCUGGCCUUGCUGCUGAGUUCAUUUAGUUCAGACAGCCUUUCUCCUACAGACGAUGAUAAUGAAAUGAACAACUUACAGAUUGCUGUUGCAAGAAUUCAGAAGGGAAUAGAUUAUGUGAAGAAAAGAGCAGGUGAAUGUAUCCAAAAGUCUUGUUGGGGGAAACAAGAUGUUGUAAAUCAAAGAACAGCAACAGAUCAGUUGAAUGAUGAGAGAGACCAUUGCAUUUCCAACUGUACCAUCGCUGAAAUAAGGAGAGAUACAAAUUAUCACAAAAAUGAGAACGGAAUGGCCACUGUUAUAGGUGGCAGUGAUUAUACAUCAUUCAUAAACAACCCAAGCCUUACUGUUACAGUACCAAUAGCUGUUGGAGAAUCUGAUUUUGAACAUCUAAAUACAGAAGAGUUUAGCAGUGACUCAGAUUUGGAGGAAAGCAAGGAGAAGCUAAAUUUUUCCAGCUCAUCUGAAGGAAGUACAGUUAAUUUAGCUCUCUUUGGAGAAGAAAAAGCUGAAACUGAACCAGAAAAAGCAUCAGAGCUUCAGGCAUGCUUUACAGAAGGCUGUAUACGGAAGUUUAAAUGCUGUAAAGGCAGUAUGGAAAGUACAAAAGGAAGGAUCUGGUGGAACCUUCGAAAAACCUGCUACAAGAUAGUAGAGCACAACUGGUUUGAAACAUUCAUUGUCUUCAUGAUUCUUCUCAGCAGUGGUGCUCUGGCUUUUGAAGAUAUAUAUAUUGAGCAGCGCAAGACUAUAAAAAUCAUACUGGACUAUGCUGACAAAAUCUUCACUUACAUCUUUAUUCUGGAAAUGGUGCUAAAAUGGGUGGCCUAUGGUUUUCAAACUUACUUCACUAAUGCUUGGUGCUGGCUGGACUUCCUGAUUGUUGAUGUCUCCUUGGUUAGCUUAGUAGCUAAUGCCCUUGGUUUCUCAGAACUUGGUGCAAUUAAAUCCCUCCGAACAUUAAGAGCUUUGAGACCUCUAAGAGCUUUGUCACGCUUUGAAGGCAUGAGGGUGGUUGUGAAUGCUCUUACUGGAGCAAUCCCAUCCAUUAUGAAUGUACUUCUGGUUUGUCUUACAUUCUGGCUAAUUUUCAGCAUCAUGGGAGUAAAUUUGUUUGCUGGCAAGUUCUAUCGCUGUGUUAACACCACAACUGGUGAGGCAUUCCCACCAGAGAAAGUCAGUAACCUAACUGCGUGUGAAGAACUUAGAAACACUGAUGUGGGUGUUCGGUGGAAAAAUGUGAAAGUAAACUUUGAUAAUGUUGGAGCUGGUUAUCUUUCUCUGCUUCAAGUAGCAACGUUUAAAGGGUGGAUGGACAUCAUGUAUGCUGCAGUUGAUUCUACACAAGUAGAGCAACAGCCCAAGUAUGAGGACAACCUGUACAUGUAUAUUUACUUUGUUGCCUUUAUCAUCUUUGGAUCGUUUUUCACCCUAAAUUUAUUCAUUGGUGUCAUCAUAGAUAACUUCAACCAACAAAAGAAGAAGAUAA